AACGCGCUGAACUCUCGCGCGUCAAGUCGCGCUAUGAGUCGGUGGUGAAGUGUAGUGCAGUGUUCGUGUUCAGUGAUCUAAGAUGAAGUCUCUCAGCGCUACCGCACUUCUUACGCUAGCUAUUAUUGCAGAAUGUCUCGGAGCACAGGACCGUUCUCGGCAGCGCUCUGGUUCGAACCGGAGCGUUACCGCAGCGGCCAAAAGGGGUAUUGACUUCGACUGCCCUGAAGAGUUCGGCUACUACCCGCACCCUACCGACUGCACGCUGUAUUACGUUUGUGUAUUCGGCGGCGCUCUGCUCGAGUCUUGUACUGGUGGUCUUAUGUACAGCCACGAGCUCCAAACAUGUGAUUGGCCGCGUAAUGUCGGCUGCGAUGCCACCGGUGCUGUGGUUGCAGAAGACAUAGAACGGUUGAGUGAGAGGGAACCUCCACCACCUCCACCAAGACGCAACCCUCCACCGCCGCCGAGAGCGCAGCCUAAUCCUGUAAUCACGUCGCGAGGACAACCGAAAUAUAAUCGACAAGAAUACGAAAAGCAGCAGCAGCUGUAUGCUGAAGUGGACGACUUACCGCCAGUUGAAGAAAUCGAGAGCGAUAGGCAGCAGAGAGUAUACAGAGGACAACCGUCAACAAUAGGACAGGUUCAAAAAGAUAGAGAUGGUUACGGGUCCCAGCCCAUAAGUUCUGGAAGAACGCUUAAUUCUAACAUUAUUCCAGCUUCUCUUAACCAAAAUAGCAAAGUUGGAUCUUUUUCAUUUGGUACCCAAGUAGAAGAUAGAAGAACGGCGCCUUUGACUCAAGCACCUCAAGUCUAUAGAUUGGAACCGACCGAAAGUGUUACACCUACUUCUUAUACUGCAACACCACGACCUAAAAUGUUGUAUAAUAAUUCUCAAGCUUACAGUCCCGAUCAAUACGAUCCUUAUUACGCUGUUUAUGAUGAAGACGGUGAAUUGUACAAGGAUACAGACUAUGUGCAGCAAUAUAACACGGCUUCACUUCGACCAGCAGUCCAGCAGACGUACCGUGGAACUCCACCACCAGCUCGUCGACCUGUUGAGUCUUAUUCGACCAGACCGAUUUCCCCAGAUGAUUACGACGAUGAACUUAUACAAGGACAGAUAAGCAAUCAAAACCAAUAUCCAUCUCCUAUUCGACAGCCAACAAGGGGCGAAGGUAACGAAUUGGGCUAUGAUCAUAUACCAACCAGCGUGAGGACAACUAUUUAUGAAGCAACUUCCCUACGCACAACUCCUUCUACAACUAGCACAAGCACGACUACUACUACUACUACCACUACUACCACAACAACACGACGUCCAACUACUGCACCUUACACGGAAGCUAUGACCCCGUCUCGAUACACCCCAAGAUCAUCAAGUGAUGAAAAUCGUAUUCGCAUCCCCGUUUCCUCAUCAGACCAAAAAUCUGUUAAUGAAUCCAUACCACUAAUUCCUUCUUCACGACCACCUCUCAUAAACUUCUCAUCCCUCGCUAAACCUUUCGAAAGGACUGAUAACUCUUUUAGGUUAGACAAACCCUCGACAGGAAAAAUACCAACUCGUAGAUUGACCUCUCGCGUGACUAACAAUAAUUUUAACGACGACUCAGUCAAUAUAGAACAAGAAAAUUCUUUUCAAAAUAAUAAGAAAGUAUUUUCGUUGACAACUGGUUUUUCAUUUCGUCGCAAUGUUAACGAUACUAAAAACCCUUACACGUUAACUUUGAUAUCGAAGCCUCUUGAUAACUAUUCUUCGUCAAAUAUAAAAAAUCAUCGUGUAAACAAUAAUAAAAAACAACAUAUACAAAGAUUACAGUAUUAUACAGACAACGUUUUCAAUACUGCCAAACAUAAUAAUAUAAAAUCUAGUGAUAAUGGUAAAUCCGACAGUACAUCAUUACACGGAAAUGGAUCUAGCUCAGGAGCAAAAAAAAGUGAUGAUGGUUCUAUUAAUCUAUCUUCUCCUACAUAUGACUCUACACCAAGACCUCAAAUUCGUGCAACUUUACCUACUACACCAGAUGUGAAAUAUUAUUUAAAAACGGUUUUAAAACGUCCCCUUAAAAAUGGUGAUCCUACUGAAAAUUCUAUUACAGAAUCAUUUACAGAACUAAAUCCUCAAAUUACAACUGAUUAUCGAAAUAUUGAUUUAAAUAUACACCCUAUUGAUGCCUCUAAUAAUUGGAAGCAAAUCGAUUUCCAUGAUAAUUAUAAUGAUCCAAUUGUAUCGCCAUAUAAAACUUUAGACAACCUUAGAAAUAUAGGUAAGGAAAGAAUUACAUCAGAAAACUACAAGUUUGAUAUUGAUGCUACAUCAACUAUGUCUAAUACAAUCAAGACUUUUCCUUUAACAACACCUAGACUAAGUGUGAAUACUUCAGAAAAAUCUAAACUUACAAAAUCUAGGAAACCAUCAUAUUACCUUUACCAUGUAGAAGAUGAAAUUUUGGCAGACCAAACUACCGAAGUAUUCAAUGGGAAUGUAAAAAAUGUUAUUAAAAAAUUUAUAAAGAACUUUUCAAGUUCUUCAUCUCCAAAUGUAGUAGAAUAUACUUCAGCAGUUCCGAACUUAGAAGAUGUUGUUGUUAGCAUAGGGCAAAAGAAAAAACAUAAUUUUGGUACAGAACAGCCUUUCCGCAGCAAUCAAAAACACUUAAAAAUAAUAAAAGAACCUAAUUUAAUUAGAUAUAUUACUCCAACGGUAGAGACUAUUACUUUUACUGGACCAAACGAUGACUUUUCAUCAUCUUCAAUACCAAUGGUGUAUACUACGACCGAGCCAUCCUCGAUUGACAUUGAUACGGAAGCUGGUUUAAUAGACUCUGCUCCAAGUCCUAAUUACAUAUCGGAAAAAGAUGUUUACGAAUCUAAGUUUAGUACUUUUAAAAAAGGUAAGUCAGAUACUGAAAAGUCGAAGAAAUUUCACAAAAUUAUUAAUUCCGAGGAACCGCCAAAUGAUAGUCAUACAAUUAAAAGUGACGAGAAUAGUCAUUUUAAUGAAGACACACAUUUACCCAUAGUGACCUCUGAAAAUUUUAAAGAAUUGACUGAAACUGAAAAUCCUAGACUAGUAAGCGACUAUGUUAGUGACAUUGCCUCUACUACUAGUACGACUAAAUCGACUACUACUUUGAAAACUAUAAUAGAAACUACGCCGACUGUUAAAAGCUUAUCCUUUCCAACUCGUGCCUCUCGAAUCAACCCUGCCAUAAAGCUAGCAGCGGCAAAACUUGGAGGUGGGCGCAGGAGUUACCAAUCGUCGUCCAAUUGUUCAUCAGAUAACAGUCUGCAAGUGAAUCCAAAAUGCAACGAAAUCAAAUAUCAGAGGCCAAGUAGCACACGAGGGCGAGGUUCAGCUCACUAUUCUACCUCGGGUGCAUCUGAAACGGCACAACAAUCACCAAACAGAGGAACACCGCCAACUCGCAAUCGCCCCACAUUGAAACCAUCGACUGCUAUAGUAACAAAAGUCAAUGAAGUGGAUAUUUACUCGAAUCCUCCAAGUCGACCGGCGCCAGUUUAUCCUCAACCUACACCGGACAAGACCGCGGCUAAGUGUAGAAAAGAUGUUUGUCUCUUGCCAGACUGUUUUUGUGGAGGAAAAGAUAUCCCUGGCGAUUUACCGGUGGAGAAGGUCCCGCAAAUUGUUUUACUGACGUUUGAUGACUCAGUGAAUGACUUAAACAAGGGACUCUACGCGGACUUAUUUGAAAAGGGUCGCGUUAACCCUAAUGGGUGUCCUAUUUCUGCUACAUUUUACGUCUCACACGAAUGGACGGAUUACAGUCAAGUACAAAACCUGUAUUCCGCUGGACACGAAAUGGCAUCACACACAGUUUCUCAUAGUUUUGGAGAGCAAUUUUCUCAAAAGAAAUGGAACAGAGAAAUUGGUGGUCAAAGAGAAAUUCUAGCGGCAUAUGGAGGUGUAAAACUGGAAGAUGUACGAGGCAUGCGUGCUCCUUUCUUAUCUGUUGGUGGAAACAAGAUGUUCAAAAUGUUGUAUGAUUCGAACUUUACUUAUGACUCAUCACUACCCGUGUAUGAGAACAAACCACCGAGCUGGCCGUACACGUUGGACUACAAAUUAUUCCAUGACUGUAUGAUUCCACCGUGCCCGACUAAAUCAUAUCCAGGAGUAUGGGAAGUACCUAUGGUGAUGUGGCAAGAUCUGAAUGGUGGACGUUGUUCUAUGGGAGAUGCUUGUGCUAACCCACCAGAUGCUGAAGGAGUAUACAAAAUGAUUUUAAAGAACUUUGAUAGACAUUACACGAGUAACAGAGCUCCAUUUGGUUUAUUCUACCAUGCGGCUUGGUUCACCCAACCUCACCACAAAGAAGGAUUCAUCAUGUUCUUAGACUUCAUUAAUCAAAUGCCCGAUGUAUGGAUCGUCACAAAUUGGCAAGCUCUACAAUGGGUUCGUGACCCAACUCCUAUUUCAAGGUUAAAUAACUUCCAACCGUUCCAGUGUAAUUACCAGGAUCGACCGAAGAAAUGUAACAAUCCAAAGGUGUGCAAUCUUUGGCAUAAAUCUGGAGUAAGAUACAUGAGGACGUGUCAACCGUGUCCCGAAAUAUAUCCAUGGACCGGCAAAACUGGCAUCAGAUCGUCACGCAUCGACAACGAAAUCGAAGAAUAAAAUUAUCUAUUAAGUAGUUACAAACAAAUAAUAUCCAUCCUGAGUAAUGAUUCACUAGUUCUUGCUUUUUAAUUGUAAGCCAAUGAGGCAAGAAUCGCGGUAGUAAAUUAUUGUCAAUAGAAAUUGUUUUGUCACCAACUAGUAAGUGCCAUUUAGAUUAGAUGGUCACAAAGCAAAAAAAAACGUAUUUUUACACGAUUUCAUUACAAUUAAACGAGUGUUUUAAAUGUAUGAGAAUAAAUUGAAUUUUACUCCAUUCUAGACGAAGAUGUUUAAUGUAUUGGAAACUGUGAUAUUAUAAUGUGUUUUCAAUCGUUUAGAAAGAUAAAUGCAUCCAAACUAUUAAUAAUUUUAUGUAAUUAUUUUGUCGGUGUAACGAUAUGUUGGCCUUUUACGGUUUACAUCAUAUGUUGGUUUGAUAAACCUUUUCAAAUACUCGAAAUUGAAUAAAUUUUAUAAAAAACAUAAAAAAUUGUU